AUACUGAUCUUCCUGGAAGGCAGGUCACGCCACGCUGCGCUACGCAACGCCACGCAGCAACAAUUAAUCAUUAAUUGUUCUACAUCUCUCGAUUUGUCCACUCCUUGACAAAAAUGCCCUUUUUUUUCUUUGCUUUCAUAGUUUGAUCUCCUUCCAAUAUUAAUCUCUCUCAUUAUAUUGCUUCCAGGAAGCAGCAGCAGCAGCAGCAGCAGCAGCAACCUCUGUAAAGCUCCGGCGACGACGGCACAACCUCAGCCUCUAUAAAGCUCCCAACUCCCUUCCUUCUCCUCUCGAUCAGCCACAUGGAGGAAAUACUUAGUGCCCAUCGCAAGUGCCUCGUCCGGUCGAUCGCCAAGAAGAAGCCCGUCAAGGUCGUCUACAUCUCAAACCCCAUGCGGGUCACCGCCAGCGCCGCUACCUUCCGCGCCCUCGUGCAGAAGCUCACCGGCCGGGACUCCGACGUCGACGCCAUCGCUUCCUUCUCCGCCGCCGCCUCUGUCGCCGAACCGCCGCUGGCUUUGUCUGGGUCGACGACGACGACGUCGAAGUCAGUGGAUCCCUGCAACAGUUUGGUGGCUCCGAGCGAAGUGUUCGGCGGGGGCUUCGACGCACAGAUGUUGGAGAAUUUCUGGGAAUUCUUGUCGGCGCCGCCGUGCUAUGAACUUCCAAUGGCCGGCUUCAUCCGGCACUGAAUCAAGUGCGAGCUUGAGACUAUAUAAACGACAGAAUCUAUAGAUUGAUUCUGGUAUAUAUAGUCAAAUCUAAAAACGAGAUCUCCCGAGCAGUGGCGGAUUUACAAGGGGGCUUGGGGGGGCCACGGCCCCCCCAAGUCUCCAUAUAAAUCCUUCCUAUAUAUGUAUAUAUAUAUGUAAAUCCUUCCUAUAUAUGCAUAUAUAUAUGUAUGGUUAUAUUAUAUAUACUAGGAUAUAUAUAUAGUAUAUAGAUAUAAUUAGAAUGGUGAAGGAGUGAUGAAAUUAAUCUUCCUUUUUAA